UCUCUCUCUCGAGGACACUGCUGGUGGAUACGGCGAAGCUUCUCUCUGAAGUCUCAGUGGACACUGACGUUCAUAGGUGGCAGCAUAACAAAGACGAUCUUCUCAGUGCUGUAUAGGCUAGCUCCUCAGCCUCCGAACCGCUCCGAACCGUUCCGCAACGACGCGAACUGCUUAUAAUACAAGUAUUCUGGCAAAUUCGGAAAUAUUUCCUCUCAUUACAAGAGGGUGUACAGGAUCAAGCGUAGCCUAUACGAUGAUACGGAUCAUUUAAAAUACAAAUUAGGCUAUUCGUUGUGCUAACAUAUUUUGUAUGGAUGUUUUAAGGAAAUAUAUAGGACGAAGACAACCGGCUUUGACUUACCUGUUGUUUGCAAUUUCAUGCGAUUUCGGUCGUCGUUUCACUUGAGAGCGAUGAAACGUCGUUUUCCUCGCCGUAUUAAGUGGAGGGUCUGUGGCGGUGAGCAGUGCAGGCAGGAUCCAGGAGUCGCUGUGUUUUGAUUACCACGACAGAGAAACUUUGGACUGUGCACGGAUGGAGCUGAGAGCUUCCAUAUAGCUUGACUGGGAAAAAAUAGGAAAAAGAAAGCCGAGACAUUUCUCGAAUCCAGACUGCAGACUAGAUGGUUAUAUCUAGCAAAAUUUCGUCAGUGAAUGAUUAUAUGGGAAGAUCAUAGCUCUCCAUGAUAUGCAACCGACGAUGUAGAAUGAACAGCGAGUCAAGGCAAUGAAUUAAUGUUUUCAUUUAGCCUAAUUUUGAACGGCGAUCAACUUUUGCAUCAUGAAAUCUCUGUUCUACAGUCGCCUUUUCAUUCUCUUGCCCUGGGUGUUGAUCGUUAUUAUCAUGAUUGACAUAGAUACCAAGAGGACUUCUGUCCGAAGCACUGCACACUUCUACCUCUCCCGGUUGGGGAAUCCUCAGCGACUGGACCGGACACCCCGGACGGGGAAUAAUCGCACUGCUCUGCCGGUCAUUUAUGCCAUCACCCCCACGUACAGCAGAGCGGUUCAAAAAGCGGAGCUCACUCGGCUCUCCAACACCUUUCGCCAGGUGCCACGGUUCCACUGGAUGGUGGUUGAGGACUCGAACACGCGCACGGAGCUGGUGUCGCGCUUCCUCGCUCGCUCCGGACUGCCGUACACUCACCUGCACAUCCUCACACCGCGCAGAUAUAAGCGGUCCGGGAUGCCCCGCGCGACAGAGCAGAGGAACGCCGCCCUGGGGUGGCUGCGGACGCACCGCACGCGGACUGACUCCGGGGUGGUGUUCUUCGCAGAUGAUGACAACACGUACAGUUUGGAGUUGUUCGAAGAGAUGCGGUCCACUCGGCAGGUGUCUGUGUGGCCAGUGGGGCUGGUGGGAGGGCGCCGCUACGAGCGCCCCCUGGUGGAGAAUGGCAGAGUGGUGGGCUGGUACACAGGCUGGAGGCCGGACCGACCUUUCGCCACCGACAUGGCAGGCUUCGCAGUAAACCUGCAGGUGGUCCUGCGGAGCCCCAGGGCCCUGUUCAAGCGCAGGGGGUCCCAGCCUGGCAUGCAGGAGUCCGACUUCCUCAAGCAGAUCACCCGCGUGGAGCAGCUGGAGCCCAAGGCCCACAACUGCACCCGGGUCCUGGUGUGGCACACUCGCACGGAGAAGGUGAACCUGGGGAACGAGCCCAAACACAGGCAGGACCCGGUCCUGAUCGAGGUCUGAGGAGGAAUCACAGUCCCACACUGGUGCUACCACGGACGGCAGUAUUCACCCCCAGCUGGCCCCGCCCACCCCUCCGUGACAUUUUCCCACAA